GAUAAAAAUUUCCCAAACCGCUAUCAGAUCAUCUUCUUCAUAUUAAAACGUUACUACACCCCCCUUUUAUAGUUAAGGAUAUGGAGGAUGACCGUGCACAAGUUGAUUUGGGGGUAGCUGUCGAUGUGGAAAAUACUCUCGAAGAGCCAGUGGCACAACGCCAACCAAAGAAACGUUUCGUGGGAAGAAAGCAAGCUGCAGAAGCUGCUGCACGCAAUGGCAAUAAUGCAACUCCUGGAGACAGUGGCGCCAUUCAAGUUGCGACCCCUAGGAGAAUUCGAACAUUAAAUCAAGUGCCUCCCGAAAUAUUGAAUGACCCAGACAUUAAUGCUGCGAUCGCUCUCCUUCCACCGAAUUAUUCCUUCGAAAUACACAAAACCAUACAUAGAAUAAGAAUGAAUGGAUCAAAGAAAGUUGCCCUGCAGAUGCCAGAAGGUCUGCUCUUAUUCGCAACCACAAUUUCGGAUAUUCUCUCUCAAUUUUGUCCUGGAAUCGAGACGCUUAUAAUGGGAGAUGUUACAUAUGGAGCUUGUUGUAUUGAUGACUAUACCGCUCGCGCUUUAGGCUGUGACCUGCUGGUACACUAUGCGCAUUCAUGCUUGAUCCCCGUGGAUGUUACAAAGAUCAAAACUCUCUAUGUUUUCGUCGAUAUCAGCAUAGAUACGGCACAUUUGCUUGCAACUCUGGAGAAGAAUUUCGCUUCGGGAAAGACCAUUGCCAUGGUAGGAACCAUUCAAUUUAAUGCCACAUUACAUGGUGUUCGAGCGCCGCUGGAGAAAGCGGGGUACAAUGUUCUCAUUCCGCAGAUUUCUCCUCUUAGCAAAGGCGAAAUCCUUGGAUGCACAUCUCCUCAACUAUCAACCGAUGGUGUCGAUAUUAUUCUUUAUCUUGGUGAUGGACGUUUCCAUCUUGAGAGCGCGAUGAUCCACAACCCUACGAUACCAGCUUACCGAUACGAUCCCUAUUCUCGAAAACUCACUCGUGAAAGUUAUGAUCACAAAGAAAUGCAUACCCUGAGAAGAGAUGCGAUUGAAACUGCGAAACCUGCAAAGAAGUGGGGACUUAUCUUAGGAUCUCUUGGUCGUCAGGGAAAUCCACAUACCAUGACAAUGAUUGAGAGAAAAUUGGAAGAGCGAGGAAUUCCAUAUAUCAACUUACUUUUGAGCGAAAUUUUCCCUGGAAAACUGGCUAUGAUGAGCGAUGUCGAGUGUUGGGUGCAAGUAGCAUGUCCAAGACUCAGUAUUGAUUGGGGAUAUGCUUUUCCCAGACCUCUGCUAACACCAUACGAGGCAUUGAUCGUACUGGGCCAGAAAGAAGAUUGGGCAAAGAGCAACAAUAAUAUCUAUCCUAUGGAUUACUAUGGAAAGGAAGGUCUUGGCAGAACCAAGCCUAUCUCAAGUAUUCCAGUUGCUGGUUGAAAAUCCAUUUUUGCUACAUACUCAGGCCCUUUCCCUCCCUCCUACUGCACGAUAUUAUACAGUUGGUCAAAUGGGCCCCAAUACUAUGAUAGCUCAGUAUAUUAUCUACGAUAUACCUAUCAAAGCGCCAGCUCCCCGUCACUGGGACUUCUCAUUUACAUAAACGAAAUUAUAUUAACUUUGAUUCGGACUGUACCGCGACAUAGUUCUCAUUCGUGGUCCAUAGUUGUAGAAGAUCAUCGGGACUGGUACCAUUACAAGCAUCAUAAGCCUCAAAAGACUACUUGCUCAGCUUACUUCGAAUCUGGUGUACAUUUCUGGAGCAAACAUUGGACGUCAAAAGGUGAAGCGACUCCACACAACUGUGUUGGUCAGAAUUGAACGGUUUGCGGUAGACAGGUACACAUCUAUGAUGUAGUUUAAACCUUGAAUGAAAAUUAUAGAAAGUCCCAUGCCUGUAGCAUGCCUGUAGGGACAACAGCUUUGGCCUGUACAGGCCAUGGAAUGGAUGGAUUAGAGGUCUAUACGAACCAAAAGAUCUCAAUGGGUACACAGAUGCCGCCCGCCAACAUCAUGGACUUUCGAUUUUCUGGGAUAACUUCGCCACCAUUUUUUUCGGGUUUAUCUUGCAAAACAUGGUGGUUGUUUUAUGAAGACGAUUGCAAAGCCUGUAAGCAUGACAACACCUAGAGCAAGGAAUAGCAAAGCAGCAAUAGUUGGCCUCUAGUGGCACUGGCCAAUAGAAGAAAUUGAAUGUGCCUCGAACAUGAGGAAGAUGGUUCCAUGAAUGAGUGAUUUUUGUGAGGUGAUAAACAUCAAGAUUGAUUCUUCCAUAAACAAACCUAUUUUGUCGACAUCAAGAUAUUAUGUAAGUGAUGCAUCGUCAAACUUCCUACAUGGCCGAAGAAGAUAUGCUUGGAUCACUUAGUUGUUUCUUCCUCGUCAAAUUUGCUUCUCAAAGCCCAGUUGUUUUUAUUGGGGAUAUGUUUGGACGUAGAUGUAUGGAAAUACGAGAUAGUAUCCAGCUAGCAAAGAAAAUAAAAGGCAUUAUACUACA